GCAUCUGGCACUAAAAAAGAUCAGUGACCUCUUUAGAAAGGUAUUUGCAUUCACUAUUGUUCUACCUCUUCUUACCCAGUGUCACUGAGUGUUUCUAAAUUAUGUCACCAUAGUAACCUCUACAUGGCCAACUACAGGAGCUUUUCUGUGCAGACGAUAGACUACACACGUUUCCAAGGCAGUGUCUUCUAUACCCUCCAAUAUUGGCAGAUAUGGAAGACAAAGUAUCAUUGCAAGAUGGCUUCCAGGAGCAGGAUAAUAACAUAGUUUCCUUCCACCUUCCUGCAAUAGUAACAGAAAGUAAUCCACACAGGGAACCAUUUAUCCAGAUAACUCCCAUGCCCGAUAAUACCCUUCUGGCAGUCGGACAAGAUGGUUUAGUAACGGCCUGGACGCCAGAUCUCAAGCUAAAGAAAAGCCGGUGUAUUUUGGAUGAGAAUAAACAACCGAACAGGAAAAUUAAAUGGAUUUCUGAUUCUACAUUUAUGCCCCAAUAUAACAAGUUAAUUGUUGGAACUUGUGACAGAGAAAUUCGUCUUUAUGAGGUUUCCAACUUUGAACCAUACUGCCAGUUUGUUGGUUUUGAAUCAAUGCCUCUGCAUCUAGGUUACAGUUUACGCGACGCAGACGAGUGUAUAAUUUAUUUUGGCGAUGAGCAGGGAUGUGUCAACAUGAUAAUAAUGUCCCACAUGGCAGAAACUCUCAGGAACUGGACAAAAUGCGAAGUUGUGGAUGAGAUUCCCAGUAUAGCAAUAGAUAACAUCACAGAACGGAAUCAUGUAAAAUAUAUACGUUGGAAGGUGCAUAAUGAUUGGGUCACACAGAUCAGAUAUGUUCAUUCAAUUGAAUCCACUAUCUCAAGUUCCAAUGAUGAUUACACAGCCCUUAUAAUAGGUUGUGUAGAGGGGACCAAAAAUGUACAGAAGCGCCUAAAGGACCUUAUGGAAUCUGACAGCGUGAAAAGCAAAAGAUCUUUGUUGGCUGGAAAUGUUCCUCUCAAGAGAAAUAUCAAUGAUGAAUCCCUGUUUAGGGUUAAGAGAGGCGUCAAAACCUUUGAUUUCUCCAAAGAAGCUAAUAUUCUAGUAACUGGAGGACUAGACAGGAUUGUCCGUGUUUGGAAUCCAUACGUACCUAGUUGGCCCACUGGUUUGCUGCGGGGACAUUCAUCACCUAUAACCUACCUACAGAUUGGAGAUGAAAACACAAAAAUUUACUCGGUCUCUACAGACUGCACUGUGAUGGUAUGGGACAUAGAAAAUCACACCUGUCUGAUGAAUGUAAUAUCCAAGGCGAGCCAGAUCAGAGGAGAUAUUGCUGCAUGUUACUUUGCACAUAAUCUCAGAGCUCUUUAUAUAGCAACUGAAUGCCUUUCUGCACUGCAGCUACGGGAAACUGCCAUUCUCCUUGGACCCCCAUCUGCCUCCCACAGUGAGUCUGUCACUUGCUGUCUGUAUAACCAGCUCUAUCAGCAGAUGAUCAGUUGCUCUGAGGGAUCAGUAAUGAAGACGUGGGAUCUCCUGACAGGGCAGCUUGUGGCUGAAGUAGGAGCUGCUCAUGGGCAGUCUGCGGUCACAUGCAUAGCACUGGACGCUGCUGGAAAUAGAUUGACAUCCGGUGGUAAAGAUGGGAGCCUAAAGCUGUGGGAAUACACCUCAAUCUCUCUCACCCCUGUGACAACACUUAGACAAGGGAGCACAGCAGGCUCAAGUGGUGAAAUCAGUGACAUCACCUAUACAGAACACAACAAAAAUCAGUACAUAGUAUCCAUUUCUUAUGAUGGACAGAUAAGGAUUUUUCCGGAGGCUGUAAUAUCGGAACAUGUAAUGCCACAAUUUACCUGGAACAAUGAUAUGAAAAAUGAACAUGGAGAAAACAAAUUUGGUCUGGCUUCCUCUUCCUCUAAUAUUGCUGCUAUAUCGAGUUGUACUGGUGAAGUUUUUGUGUGGAACCUUGAAGCUGGGGAUCCCCUCUGCCAUUUUUCCCCUUUUAAUAGAGAAGAAUUGGAUGCUGAAAUAGGUAAUUUAGUCAUACACAAAGCUGUUUUUCUUUCCACGAGAUGUGAUAGGAAAAAAGACUCUGCAGUUUUGAUAACCAGUGGAUCUAAAGGCUAUAUUACUUUCUGGAAUAUUGUUGGUGGAGGCAAAAUGUUUGCAAGGUUUGAAGGUUCACAGUACAAGUGUAUGGUAAAUGCCAUCGCUGUCAGUGAGGACGACUCCAUUCUAUGUGCAGCUGACCAGUUAUUCUACAUCUAUGUCUGGAAUAUAUCCCAGUAUGCACUGGGGGCACCAGAGGGGCAGCCACCUGUCCUACUGCACUGCUGGCGAGCACACAUGAGUGAUAUUACAAGAGUGAUCCCUGUGAAGAAGCACAAGGUGAUUGUUACUACAGCCCAGGACUGCACUGUGAAGCUAUGGACUAUACAGGGGGAAUAUAUAGGAACAUUUGGGCAAAGUAAACCUUGGUGCCUCAACAAGAUUGAACCUAAGAAAGAAGAACCCGGUGACAAUAACCAACCAUCACAAGCAAGUGAAUGUGUCCAAGCUGCAGAGGAGGAACAGAAACAAAUGGACAACAUUUGUGAGGUCGAAGCCUCUUCCAUCACAAUAGAUGAUAAGUACAUUGCAGAUGAGCUGAAAGAAAGAAUUGCUGUCAAAUCGAAAAACAGAACAAAGAUGGCGAGUCCAAAACAAGUGGAUCUCCAGCAAGCAUGUGGGAGACUGAACGCCUACAAAUCAUUGCAAAUAUGUGAUUUAAUGUCAGUUUCAGCUGUCAUUCAAAAGCCAAACCCAGCAGCAGAGCUCAAUGACCCAUAUGACCUGGCUUUCUAGCUUCGUUAUGCUUAGAUGAUCACUGCACUGUUACUGCUUAGAAAAGCCUAUCUAUAUAUUAUGAUUAUUAUAAGAGAACUAAUGAUAACAAUUCUGGGUCCCUUGUCUGUAAAUGUCACUUACAAUACCUUCAUCUUCAGGUCUUAAAAGAGUAUUCUAGUGGGAAACAUUUUUUUUUAAUCAAGUGGUGCCAGAAAGUUAAACAGAUUUGUAAAUUACUUCUGUAGAAAAAAUCUUAAUC